CCAUCUAUUUGCCUUGUUCUCCACUAAAAGUUCUUCAACAUACAAAAUAUUCUCUGAUUAUAAACAAGACAAGGAACAAUAAAAAGAUGAUCACAAACUCUCAUGCUUUAUUGUGGCUUCUCUCAUGUCAGCUCCUCCUUUUACUGGCCAAGGUAGGGGCAAAGGUUCCAGCCAUUAUCGUGUUUGGUGACUCAUCUGUUGAUGCGGGCAACAACAACUUUAUUCCCACGGUUGCAAGGAGCAAUUUUCAGCCUUAUGGUCGUGAUUUCACCGGCGGCAAGCCAACAGGAAGGUUCUCCAAUGGCAGAAUCGCCACUGACUUUAUUUCUGAAGCUAUUGGUUUAAAACAAACCAUUCCUCCUUAUCUAGAUCCAGCUUAUAGCAUCUCAGAUUUUGCCACCGGAGUCACCUUCGCUUCCGCUGCAACUGGAUAUGAUAAUGCCACUUCCGAUGUGCUCUCUGUAAUACCUCUAUGGAAGGAACUGGAGUACUACAAGGAAUAUCAGAAGAAACUGAAAGCUCAGGUUGGAGAAAACAAAUCGAACGAGAUCAUUAAGGAAGCUUUGUACAUGAUAAGCUUAGGAACAAACGACUUUCUAGAAAACUACUAUGCCAUCCCCGGCGGCCGAUCAUCCCAGUAUAGUAUCGGCCAGUACCAGGAUUUCCUGGUCCAGAUCGCCGGGAACUUCGUUAAGCAACUGUACGAGCUUGGAGGUCGGAAAAUAUCCCUAGGAGGGAUCCCUCCGAUGGGGUGCAUGCCCUUGGAAAGGACAACGAACCUGAUGCAGGGGCGAGGUUGCGUGGAGGAGUAUAAUAAUGUGGCCUCAGAGUUCAAUGUGAAACUGAAGAACUUGGCGGAGAAGAUGAACAAGGAGCUUCCGGAUAUCCAACUCGUCUUCUCAAAUCCCUAUAAUGUACUCCUGCAAAUUAUACGAAAACCUUCCGCUUAUGGAUUCGACGUAGCAGGAGUGGCGUGCUGUGCGACGGGGAUGUUUGAGAUGGGAUAUGCAUGUGACAGUCGGAAUCCAUAUACGUGCACAAAUGCUGAUAAAUACGUGUUCUGGGAUUCUUUCCAUCCCACCCAGAAAACCAAUCGUAUUGUCGCAGACUACGUCGUUAAAAAUGUUCUCUCCGACUUCCUUUAAUAUUUUAUAUAUAUAUAUAUAUAUAUGUUAUAUUCAUGUGUGUAAUUUCCAAUUUUGUGGCUAUACAUAUGGCCAGCAUGCACAUAUAUCUAUUUAUUAUAUAUGUAGCCAUGUCGUGCCAUUUGAUGUUUUUAAAUAUAUAUAUAUAUAUAUAUAUAUAUACAUAUAGGUAGUGCAAGUAUGAGAUAUUAAUAUAGUUGGUAGUAUUUCUGUAUUUGUAUGUAUCUGCGCAUGUCUCGUAUAACUUCCUAUUUAAUAAA